GAUCUCAUUUCAGCGUAAUCAUCAGUUUGUGCUGCUGACGAUAAGUUGUCUGAAAUGUUCCUGGGAUCGCUGACAAACUCCAGUAAAUGCUCUGUUUACCACUUUACCACCCUGUACACAAUUAAAUGAGGCACUGGAGUGCGGGACACAUAUGGCUGUGUAUGAUGAGAAUAUCCUGAAGAACCCUUUUUACCAGGCCCUGGAAAAACACCGGCCGGAUCUGUGCAGCAGGGUGGCAGAACUCCAUGGCAUUAUUCUGGUGCCGUGUUGUGGAAGUUUACCAGCGGGCUCUUUCCCAGCAUCUCAGUUCGAGGGGUACGUGCUCCAGCCUGCCGAACAGGGUUACCAGACGCUGGAUGGAAAGGAAGUGUCUAUAGACAAUAACCAGGUCCGGCUGGGUGCAGGGUUUCCCAAUCCCACCUCUGUCCCCAUCCUGUUCGAGGAGACCUUCUACAAUGAGAAAGAGCAGGCCUACAGCAUACUGUGCAUCGCACGGCCCUUCGACGCCGACCACAGCCCUGAGGAGUUGAGUAGUGUUUCUGCUCCGUACUGUCUGAAGAGUAUCGGGGAUGUGAGGGAGUUUCUGGGCCGCCAUGCUGAAAAACUGGACAAGCUUGUGGCCGCCUUCUCCCACUCCUUUAAAGAACAAGAGAGGAAGGGCCUCCGACAUCAAAUAGACUCUGUAAAUACCCUUUACACAAAAUGUCUUCAGCUGCUGUUGAGGGACUCUCGACUGAAGAUUUUGGCGAGACAGGAGAUACAGAUGACUCUACUCAAACAAGCAGUGGAGAUGUACAUCCAUCAUGGCAUCCAUGAUCUACUCUUUAGUUAUGUGGGGAGUCUUGAAGCAAGUCGGGAUGCGGCGUUCAACAAAACGACGCGCUCCUUGCAGGAUCUGCAGCAGAAGGAGCUUGGUGUGAAGUCAGAAUUCAGUAUAAACAUUCCUCGUGCUAAGCGGGAGUUGAGUCAGCUGAACAGCUGUACGUCUCCCCAGCAGAAACUGCUCUGCAUAAGGAAGGUUAUUUUAACCAUCAUGCAGUCAACCAGACGCAGAGAUACAGCGGUGAGCAUCGAGGCCAUGUGUGCUGACGAUCUCCUGCUAGUCAUUCUCUAUCUGCUAAUCAAAACAGAAAUCCCUAACUGGAUGGCCAAUCUGAGCUACAUAAAGAACUUCCGCUUCCGUAAGUCCAGUAAGGAUGAGCUGAGUUACUGUCUCACCUCGUUUGAGGCUGCGGUGGAGUACAUCAGCCAGGGAAACCUCACCCCGAGCGCUCUGGGGUCAGGAGAUCGACUGUCCUUCAGACACAAGGUGGACCUGCUGUCCCAGAAUGCUACACCUAUAGACCAGCUGUUUGAGCACAUUGUGAGUGGAAAUGAGGCCGAGGUGAAGCGUUUGCUAAGCGAGAGUGAGAAUGAGGAGGACGGGAGGAAGUUAUGUCACCCACUCUGUUCCUGUGACGCCUGCGACCGCCACAUCUCAGGGAGGUUAAACGACCCGUCCAUCGUCACUCCAUUCUCUCGGGAUGACCGAGGCUACACUCCUCUACAUGUUGCUGCUAUUUGUGGUCAGUCCCUGCUGAUUGAUUUGCUGGUGUCGAAGGGAGCUGUGGUGAACGCCACCGAUUAUCACGCGCUCACACCGCUGCACCUCUCCUGCCAGAAGGGCUUCCAGGGCGUCACGCUGCUGCUCUUGCAUUACAAGGCAAACACAGAUGCUCAGGAUAACAAUGGAAACACCCCUCUACACCUGGCCUGCAUGUACGGCCACGAAGAUUGUGUGAAGGCGCUGCUGUACUUCGACCUGCACUCCUGUCGACUGAACGUUCAGAACGAUAAGGGAGACACGCCGCUGCACAUCGCCGCUCGCUGGGGCUACGAGGGCAUCAUGGAGGUGCUCCUGGAGAACGGGGCAUCAACCCUCAUCCACAACAAAGCCAAGGAGACGCCGUUACACUGUGCUCUCAACUCCAAGAUUCUGUCGUUGUUGGAGCGCGGACACAAUGACUCCAGUAAAAGGGAAAGUGGAUUCGAGUCUCCGAGUCGCUCUCCUCAGCCGUCUGACUGCAGCAGCAGGCGUUCAUCUGCGUCCAGUAUGUCUUCUCUCAGUGUGGAGGCCACACCGCCGGACGCCGAGCGCACACGACACAAAGAGGUGGAGAAGUUGUUGAGAGCCGUGGCUGAUGGAGAUGUGCAGAUGGUGCGUUAUCUGUUGGACUGGCUGGAUGAGGAGCCAGAGGACGAGGAAGCUUCAGUGCCAGUGAAGACCGUGUUGUGCCAUCCUCUGUGUCAGUGCCCCAGCUGUGAACCUGCACAGAAGAAAGCGGCCCGCCUGCAGCCGGACGGUGUGGGUGUGAACAGCAGUGCUGACGGCUUCACUCCGCUCCAUGUGGCGGCGCUGCACGGACACACAGCUCUGGUGUCUCUCUUCACCCGCCACGGGGCCAACAUCAACGCUCGCAACAAUCAGAGCGCCACCCCGCUCCACCUGGCCUGCCAGAACAGCCAGAUACAGGUGGUGUCUGCUCUGCUGGAGUGUAACGCCAAACUGAACAAGAAAGACCAGUAUGGAAACACUCCGCUGAUUCUUGCUUGUCUGAAGGGAAAUCUGGACAUAGCCACUAUUUUGCUUGAGAGCGGUGCGCUGGUGAAUCUGGCUAAUAAUCAGGGUAACAGCGGUCUGCAUGAGGCGGUGAGAGGGGGACACGUCCAGCUGGUGGAGCUCCUGCUGCACAGAGGGGCUUUAGUGCACAUGCGCAACAAGAGACAGCGGACCGCCCUCGACUGUGCACACGAGACCGCCGGGCAGAAUACAGAAAUUCAGAGACUCCUGCAGAAAGUCUUUGCUGAUGCUCCGGACAUUCAUCCAGUUAAACCACACUCCAGAGGAACAGAUGGCAUUGUGGUUCAAAGAGUAAAACUGCAUGAGAGUCCCAGCAGUGGCAGGAAAGACACAGACCACACAAAACACAGGAGUCUGAAGAGGACUGACAGAGCAGUGACCACGAUAGGAGUAUUAGACCAGACAGAGGAGGGUCAGAGUGACAGACGCAGACUGGUGAGAGGAGAGACGGUGGACAGCAGCGGGCCUCAGUCGCCUCGCGCCCACAGCAGGAGCAUGACCCGCUGCCACACCAUCAGCCAGGACCUGACCCAGCGCUCGCUGCAGGAGCCCAACGGGGAGGAGGAAGACGAUGGGGAGACCGCUGCCACAGAAAUGGACAAUGUUGUGUUGUGAUGGUGGUCAACCGGUUUAAUAGACUAAAUAUUAAGUCCAUCAUUACUAAAUCAGCUCCGCCACCUCAUCCUGGUCUUUAUUGUAUUUGAGUGUUGAACGAUCUAAACUUUAUUGACUUGAAUAUGCAAGAACUGUCAUUGUUUUUCAAGGUUUUUCAACAUUUUCUCAUGCUUGUGGUUUAUGAGCUGAGAAAAAAAGUUUUAGAUGUUUUAAGGGUCUGAAUGUGGAAAUCAGAAAGAGGAAGUUGCUUUUAAUAUUCCACUUAAAAAUGAUGCUCUUAAAUCACAAAAUAGAAAAAGUUAGCAUGUGUCAGCACUGGUGGGUGAAACGGCAGUCGAUAUUUGAGCUGUCUGAAGAGACUUUGGAAACUUGCUUCAUUUAUUGCAUGUAGGUUAAAGGGAGACGUUUACAAAAACUACAGAAAGAAUGUUUUUUUUUUUUUUUUUUUUUUGAGCACUUUUUAAUUUUCCGAAUGUCACAUUAUAAAAAGGGAUAAUUAAGGAUAUAAUUAUGUAGCAAGAUAUUAGUUUUCCUCAUAUUUUUUCCAAAACGUAAGUUGUUGCAUCUCUGUGUGUAGGCAACUAUUAAUGGAAACUCUUUUUUUCCACAACAUUAGAUGCUGUUCUUAAAGUCAGAUGGCAGUUUUUGUUUUCUUUUUCUUUUCACCCUUUUAGUGUCUUUCCUGUUUCCAGGGUUUUUUUUUUUUUUUUUUUUAGUUUCUUUUGACAAUUGUCUUAGCAUAUGGUGAAAAGGUUGCAUUUGUGUAAGCGUACAGAGUUAGGAAUAAAUCUGAUGUGUGUGGGGGUCAGCGGAGGGCAGUAUUAUGGACCACGGCUCUGUUUAAAUCAUGCACUUUAUUCCCUCGCAGGUUUUCUGUUGGUUUGGUUUUAGGAGCUGAGCUCAUGAAGCCUGAUUGAUUGCAUUUUGAGUGGCGGGUGUAAAUGCAUUUUCUGCUGCAGGAGUGUGUUAGCGGGGACAGAAUUAAUGCUGGGCAGGACGUCAUUAAAUAUUAUCUUCACACAAACUGACCAUGAAAUAAAACAGAGCUAGUUUGUGAUUUGAUGUGUCUUUGAAUGUAACAGUUCUUUGUGGCAAUCUGAAGAACUAGAGAGCAAUUAUUUUUGUAUGUUUCCAUAACCGUUUUUGUGUAACAUUGCAGUGAAUGUGCCUUAUUUAAUUUGUGCCAACAUAAUGUAAUAAAACCACAUAACAAUAAAGAAAUGUAUUAAAGCUGACAUCAA